AGUUUAACAAGUGACGUCAAUAAGGGAUCAUAGCUUUCACCUGGUCAGUCUAUGUUUUGUACACUCAGUGUAUCGGCAGGUGUUCUUCUGUGUUUGUUUUUCCGUUUCACAUUUUAGGGGUUUGCAUUUUUGAAUGCUAUGGAUCCCCCUGUAAACAAGAUGCUACUUCCAACCUGCUGGUAAAAUGAUUUUUUUUUCCCAAGGCAGCGGGCAAGGUAUUUUUUUAAAGAACAUGCAUUUUGUUACUUUAAGGUAAUUUCUAGUAAAGUUAUACCAGUCAUGGCAUAAAGUUCUCAUUAUUUAGCCUCAAAAUAGCCUUUCUCAUGCAGUUUAUUUUAUAUAGCUGUGGAAACUAAUAAUCAGUAGGUUUAAUUGUUUUAAAGAUACAAUUUACGAGGCUUGUACUGAAAUGUUUAUCUUCUCAUACGAUUAGUCUUCUAAGAGCAGUAAUUUGCAGACACUAAAUCUUCAAAUAUUUUUGCUGUGUACUCUUAAUAAUUUCUAAGCAUACAAGUUAUAACACAUGUAUCAUGAUAUUUGUACAUGAUAUUUUGACAAUUGAGUCAGAACUUUAUAUAUAUAUUUUUUUGUGUUCAUAAUCGUUUUUUAUAUUAAUACAGUUGUGGAGAGAGGGACACUGUUGGUUUUAUCCCUGAAUGGGGAGGGCUGUCUUUAACAGCAUAAGUGUCACUGUGUUGUAGAUGAGGGAUAUACAACCUCUGCACGGAUGUGUGACCUGGCUAGUACGACUCCAAGUUCAGAGUGUGGACAGACCUCUGUACCGCGGCACGUAUCACUGCUUCCAGUCUAUCGUACGGCAAGAGUCGAUGACGGGGCUGUACAAAGGCAUUGGCUCCCCCAUGAUGGGCCUGACCUUCAUCAAUGCCAUCGUGUUCGGUGUCCAGGGCAACGCCAUGCGCAGGCUGGGCCACGACACGCCGCUCAACCAGUUCCUGGCUGGGGCGUCGGCGGGCGCGUUGCAGAGUGUCAUUUGCUGCCCCAUGGAGCUGGCCAAGACGCGCAUGCAGCUGCAGGGGUUGGGUGAGCGGAAGUCCAAGCAGAAGCUGUACAAGAACUCGCUGGACUGCCUGGUGCGCAUCUACCGGAAGGAGGGCUUCCGCGGUAUCAACCGGGGUAUGGUGACCACGCUGGUCCGCGAGACACCGGGUUUCGGGAUCUACUUCCUGACCUACGACGUCCUGACGCGCUCCCUGGGCUGCGAACCCGACGACCCCUACAUGAUCCUCAAGUUGCUGUUCGCCGGCGGCAUGUCGGGCAUCGCCUCGUGGAUCUCCACCUACCCCGUGGACGUCAUAAAGUCCCGGCUCCAGGCGGACGGCGUGGGCGGCCAGAACAAGUACAACGGCGUCGCGGACUGCGUGCGUCAGAGCUUGAAGCGGGAGGGCUGGCGGGUGUUCACGCACGGCCUCACCUCCACGCUGCUCCGGGCGUUCCCCGUCAACGCCACCACCUUUGCCACUGUGACUCUGUUCCUCAUGUACAUGCGAGACGAUGAGGUCGCCGUCAAAGACUGUGAGCCCCAGCCCGCCCACUCCUCGCUCACUGUGAGCCCACAGCAGGCCCAGCCCUCAAGCCUGUGAACGGUGGAAGACUGUGUUUCUGCUCUGGUGACCCUUUAUUGGAUUGGAAGUGGUCCCACAAUGCACCAGCUAAUAAGCUGAUGUGACUUGACCACUCAACGUUAGCGUCACGACGAAGGCUAUUUUUACAAGAUGUAUGUCUGUCUGUCUGUUCAGAUGGUAAACCGCGCUUUUAAAUACUUGUCCCUUUUUGACCCCUGGUUUUGUACAGAGCAGCCUUUUUUUAUAUAUAAUUGUUGAGUUUUUUUGUGAACUAAUUGGUCACUCGUGGGAGAAAGCAAUCAGUGAAAAAGCACUAAAAUGGCUGACCUGGUCAUUCUUAGUCAUCCCUUGUAUAUGUGUGCACAGCUGAGUGUGUAUAUAUAUAUGUAUGUCUGAAGGGCUCAAGGUAAUGACUGGAGCGGAUUCCGUGGAAUGGUAUCA